AUGCAGGAAGCGGCUGAAGCGAACGUUGAGCGUCAUGGCGUGCCCAGCCCGCCACCGGUGGUGGCAACCAAUGCCAAUAACGCUGCCACGGAAGACCAGCCGCGUCCUGAUGCUGCGGCUGCUGCUGCUGCUGCUGCGUUGCCGCCGUCCGAGGCGCGUUCGGUCCCGCCAUCGACCCUCUUCUCGUCCUUCUCUGUUGCGACUCGGGCUGUGUCUGGCAGCAGCAGUGGUGCUGGUGCUGGUGGUGGUGCUGGCGGUGGCAGCCAUGAUAAGGCUGCUGCUGGUGGUGCAGCAGGUGGCCGAGCUAUGUCGCCCGUUUCUGUUUCUGCCGCCGUCCCUGCCUCGGCUGCCUCGUCGACCCACUUCACCCCGGCUGCGCUCAAGUCGAUGCGCUUUCCGCCGAUCGUCGACAUUCUGGGCUACAACCGCGACACGCGCAAGUUUCUCAUACGCUGCGAGGGGUGGUCCAACGCGCAAUGCAUCUGGGUGCGCAGGCGAAACGGGCCACUCAAGGGGCAAGACGCCUUUGUGGACAGCUGGCGCCAGCGCGGAAGCCCGUCCCAGCUCGGCGUCUUUCCCGACCUGCCCCCGCCGCCCCCACGCCAGGCACUCGGCACCAAGCGUGUGCAGCCGCGCGGCGCGGGAGCUGCGGGUGGCAAGCGCAUUGGCAGUAGCAGCAGCAGCAGCAGCAGCAGCAAGCCGGGCAUGGCGUACAACUCUUCUGGCCCCGCUUCUGCGCAUCAUGGCGAGCAGGCCCAUCCAGGAGAGCAUCCCGCGGACGACUUUAGCGACCAUGGCGAAUUUGACGACGACGACGACGACGCGGUUGAGGACGAGGACUUGAUGGACGACGAUGCAGCACUGGUGAACACGGCAGAGGCUUUGGGCGAGAAUAAGCACCACCACCACUCGGCCAUGGAGCUGACAGGUGGUGUCGCUUCGUCGCCCUCUGUCGCGGGCAGUCACCCCAUCAUCAUGACGAGUCGCUUAAUUUCGAGUGGGGGCGGGGCCAAAAAUGAGAACGGCACUACCUCUGUCGCCGUAUCGCGACAUGUUGCUGGCCCUGCAACCAGGUUGGACCCUCGCCACGCGGCGUCGCAUGCAGAUCAAGUGACGCUGUCCGACGAGUUCUACUACUAUGGCGAGGAAGACGAUUUGGGCUCGGAUGACGACAUUGACGAUUACGAUCUCGACGAGCAACCCGAUGCCGGCUUCCGGCUCGACCCUGACGAUCCGGACUGGCGCCGAGCAUCAAUGAAGCGCAAGAAACUGAUGCGUCGCGGUGGAAUGGGCGGACGAGGUGGUUCGUGGGGCGCUGCUGCGACUCGCACCCGACAUGGCGGUCGCCCCACCAACGCUGGCUCCAUCUCCUCAGCUGGCGCCUCCGCCGCCACGGGACCGCAAGACACGCCCCGUGGUGCUGCUUCGAACGUCGAUUCCUCUGAAUCUAACGAAAAGGCCGCGACUACGACUCCGCCCAGUCUGCCGAAACUCUCGAUCAGUCUCAAGCGAUCGGGUGCGCGCGCCGUCACAGCCGCCGGUAUGAACGAUCCGGACUCUUCGUUGGACCCAGCUUCCUCUGACGUUGGCGACGGUAGCACUGGCCCUGUCAAAUCAGUCGCGGCGACAACCAGCCGGACUUCGCCGUCCGAAGCUCAGUCGGCAGCGCCUGCGAGUUCCUCUCGAACAUUCAAAGUUGCUCCGACGCGAUCGCCCACCGAGAGCGCGUCAACUGUGGCAGCUGCAAAGCCGCCAGCCACUGGGUCCCCAUCCACAGGAGGCGGCGCAGCUGCUAUUCCUCCUGGAAUCGCCGCCAUCCCGACUGCAUUGCCUCCGGGAGUUGCGCCUUUCCCUGGAUGGCCGCCGUACUUCCCUAUGCCACCGCCCCAAUCGGUCGGCGUCCCGCCACCACCAGCCGCAGCUGCUGCUGUAGCCGCUGCCGCUGGAGGUGCGACUCCUGGCGCCGUUGCUCGCCCGCCGUUUCCCAUGGGCUACCCGCCCUUCCCAUACCCGCCCUUCAUGCCACCUAUGCACAGCUACACUCCGGAAGCCAUGGUGCCCUUCAUUACCGCGAUUGGCCAGGCGAUUGCCGGGCAGCGCGGAGCGAAGCGAUCAGCUCAAGAAAGCGAGGCUGACGAGCAGAGCGAGCCUGCGGCCUUGCUGGAGAGCCCUCCUCGCGUCAUCAAAAAGCCCCGCUCAGCACCCUCACAAGCGCACGUUGCGAGUCAAGCACCCUCGCCUGCGCACGCUGGCCCUCUGCAAGAGCUCGGAUUUGCUGCGGCCGUCGUGCACGCCUUCCACGCCCCAACGGAAGCCACAUAUGUCUUUAUCAUUCCGCCCGAAGACCUCUCGAAACGCAUCCAACAUGCAGUGAUUGCUGUCAACACGCUGAGCGCCGAGACUGACGAGGAUGGCCAAACGGUCGCUGAGGCGGAACCGACCCCGACUUCCAGCACGGACCCUCAGAAGCCACUUGCACCUACCCUUCCCAAGGACAAGGUGGAGCGUCAGCUGUUCACCUAUCUGAGUUCACCUAUCUGA